CACAACAGGCCAUCCCAUGGGGUGCCUUAGUGCAUUCUUUCACCUGUCAGGGAAGAUGACAAGCAGUCUUCCCUGGCUGCUGGUGCUGAUCUCAUGGAAUGUGUGGAGUGAGACUGCAGGUCAGAACCCUCCACAGGGCUAUAGGUAUGCCUCCUAUGAGAUGAUUGUCCCAAGGAAAUUAACCCCCCGAUAUGGACAAAACCCCCACACUAUCACUUACUUGCUGCAAAUUGAGGGGAAGGGCCACAUCGUGAAGCUCAGGAAAAAGAAGAGCUUUGUGCCUAAACAUUUCCCUGUCUUCACUUACAGUAGGGAGGGGGACCUUCAGAUGGACUAUCCUUUCAUCAGAGAUGACUGCUUCUACCGCGGCUUGGUAAAAGGCCAUCCUGCCUCUCGAGUCACCCUCAGCACUUGCUCGGGGGGACUCAGGGGUCUGUUGCACUUAGAAAACCGCACCUAUGAAAUCGAACCUGUUCAGGCAUCUGCUACUUCUCAACAUGUGUUGUAUAGAUUGGAGGAAAUGGUGGGUGCUGUACAAAUGAGGUGCGGGCUAACAGAGGAAGAGCAAAGACACCAAGAGGCCAUGAUCCAAAGCACAAAUAAUGUAACAGUUCAAAUUGAUGCGAGAGGAGCCUGGUGGACACAUACCAGAUACUUGGAGGUUGCCAUUGUGAUAGAACAUGAACGGUAUGUCAGGUUUGACAGAAAUGAAAGUCGUAUUGCUUUGCAAGUUCUAGAUAUUAUCCAUGCUGUAAACUCAAUAUAUGAGCCACUUGCUGUUGAGUUGUCUAUAGCUGGCCUGGAGAUUUGGUCAGAAAAGAACCUCAUGAAAAUCGAAGACAGAAUGGAAAAAACACUGCUCAAUUUUGUCACGUUUGUAAAAAAGUCACUAAGUAAACAUAUGCAUCUUGAUGCUGCUCACUUAUUUAUAUAUAAAAGUUUUGGACCUAGACUUGGAUUAGCGUACUUAAGAUCAAUUUGUCUUGCCCACUGGGCAAGUGGUAUUGAGUCAUAUAUGACUCCCAGUUUGUUUGCUAUUAGUGUUACAUUUGCCCAUGCAGUAGGACAUAAUCUUGGAAUGAAACAUGAUGAAAAACACUGCACUUGUGAUCGACAUUCUUGCAUUAUGGCUGCAUAUGGAGUAAGCACAGAUAAGUUUAGCAAUUGCAGUUACAAGGAUUACUUCUCAGUAAGGAACAGAAAGUGUUUGUUAGUUCCACUAGACCCUGAUCGAAUGUAUAAAUUUGCAUACUGUGGAAACAAAGUAGUGGAAGAUAAAGAGGAAUGUGAUUGUGGCUCAACAGAGCAAUGCAAGUUGGAUCCAUGUUGCCAGUCUAAUUGCAUGUUGAGUCCAGAAGCCACUUGUGCUUUUGGAGGGUGCUGUGUUGAGUGUCAGUAUCUUCCAGUUCAUAAGGUUUGCAGAGAACAGGUCAGCAGCUGUGAUCUCCCCGAGUACUGCAACGGGACUUCAGAAUGGUGUCCUGAAGAUGUUUAUGUACAAGAUGGUGCCCCGUGUAGUGAUGGGGCAUAUUGCUAUCAUGGGAAUUGCACAACUCACACUGGGCAGUGCAGAAUGAUCUUUGGCAACAAAGCAACCAGUGCAUCAAAGGAUUGCUUCAGUGAAAUGAAUGCUCGAGGUGAUCGCUUUGGCAACUGUGGGCUUAGACAUGACACUUAUAAGAAAUGUGAUACUCAGAACAUCUUGUGCGGCCGAAUCCAGUGUGAAAAUGUUUAUAAACUACCUUCUUUGGAGGAACAUAGCACCAUAAUUAAUACGCCCCUUGGCAAUAGGCAUUGCUGGAGUACAGAUUACCAUGCUGGAAUGGAGAUACCCGAUAUUGGAGCAGUGAGAGAUGGGACUCCUUGUGGCACAGAAAUGAUGUGUAUUAAUGGGGAGUGCAAGAAUGUGUCCCUCUUGAAAUAUGAUUGCAAUGUCACAAAGUGUCAUAAUCGAGGAAUAUGCAACACUUACAAACAUUGUCAUUGUGAUUAUGGCUGGGCCCCUCCAGACUGUCUGAACCAAGGUAAUGGUGGCAGCAUUGACAGUGGACCUCCUCCACCAAGGAACACUUCAAAACAUAGCGUCAACAUGACAGGAAUUAUAGCAGCAAUUGUAUUUCUUGUUUCUACUAUUUUUGCUGUUUUGGGGCUUGGUAUUUAUUUCAGGAAGCGUCUGAGAGUGUGGUUUGUAUAAAAACCAGAAAAAAACAUAUGAAGAAGGU